CAUGGCCACCUGAUAAUGUAGCAGACGAUACAGGUGGUAUGAAAAAUUGUAAAUAAAAUUCGGUUCUAGCUUGAAUUAUGAGUGGACGUGUGCAAAAAGAUAGCUCCGAUGAUUCUGAUCGUGUUGACGAUGCGGUGGAUCCUAGAGUACAGAUUUGCCAUAGUAACGCUAUACUACUGAGUCUGUAAAAACUGGAAGUUAAUGAAUUGAACUUGAAAGAUUAAAUACUGCUACCGAUGAUAUCAACAAGCUUGAAGUUGAUUUGGAUGAGGCAAGAGCAACUUUUAGAGAAUUACUCUGUGAAUCCACAUUGAAGAUUGAUAGUUUAGCUAAGAAACUUGGUGCUUGUAUCGAGAAAUCUAGGCCAUAUUACGAUGCCAGGUUCAAAGCCAAAGAAGCUUUACAAGAAACGCAGAAAGCUGCUAUUAGAUUUGAAAGGGCUAACAGCCAGCAUGCAGCAGCUAAAGAAAUGGUUUAUUUAGCUGAAGAAGGUUUAAGAACAGAGGGAAGAUGUUUUGACCAUGCUUGGCAGGAAAUGUUAAAUCAUGCAACUGCAAGAGUUAACGAGUCCGAACACGAGAGAGCUUUAUCGGAAGCAGAACACAGACAUACUACUGCUUUGUAUCAUAAAGCUGAACAUGAAGUGCAAAGUUUGCAACGCGAAUUAAAGCGUGCGAUUGCUAAAUCUAGACCAUAUUACGAGAUGAAAGCACACUUUAAUCAAAUGCUAGAGGAACAAAAACUGAGAGUGAGCGCGCUUGAAAGAUCAGUAGGUGAAGCUAAAAUGACUUAUGCAGAAGCACUAAGAAACUUAGAAAAAAUUAGCGAUGAAAUCCAUAGGACUAGAAGGUAUGACGGAACUGACGACUGCAUUAAACAAUCAAGAGACAUACUUGACCAGACUGGUACUCAAUCUAAGACAACAGACUCGACAGAUUCUAGCGUAACUGGAUCACCUGAUAGUACAGAUUAUAUUAGCGAUGAAUACUUGCAUCUUCCCGAUAAAAUUAGUCCUAAUACCCCAUGUCCUGUGCCUACAAGAAUUGACAGAGAACCUUCUUCUGAAUAUCUGGGCCUAAACAAUCUGAACCUCUCAUCCACGGAACCUCGAAAGUACAUAAAACGUGACCGUCCAAAGAGCAUUGCAGCAACAGACUCGAAACAUAUCAUAUCAUUAAAUCAAACCAGUUCUUCGACAUCGCGAUUGUCAGACCUGUCAAGCAUUAUUUCGCCCAUAGAAAAACGAGUUACUAUUCAGACACCGGCAGAGACGAACAAUACUAACACAACAGCACAGAAUGGUGAAGAGUGGACGGAGAUCAGCUUGAACAAUUCUCCAGACGAGGUUUAUUACAACAAUGAAGUAUACUCGGACGAAGAAGAUCAAAUUCCUUAUAAACCGCUACCAAUGGACUUGAGUCCGGAAGCUACUCAUCCAACAGUUAGCGCUGGAGGUAUUCAGCCAUUCUCUGAUGCACCUAGUCGGAAGAAGUUAAUAACACAAAAAUCGUUACCUGCUAUGUCGAAAGGAAACGAAGUGACUUUGAGCGCGGAAAAGAAGUCAGAAGUCACAAGGAGUCCAUCUACAAAAAGCAAGAGUAAGUUGGAUAGCAGUUUAGCUAACUGGAUAACUCGAAGUUCGGCUGGUGGAGAGGCUAGUGGCGGAAGUUCAGCAAACUCUAGCAGGAGGCAAUCACUCGACAUGUUAUGGAGCGCUGGAACUGGAGAACGGGUGAAAGAGUUACUCAAUCAUGGAAUGAUGAUGUUGAACAUAUCCAGCCUUACCGAAAGACGUUCCAGCGAACCGAGAACAAUUGAGAAAGAUAAAGAGAGGUCUGAGAAAUGCGAGAAAGUAGAAGGAAAAGGCAAAAAGGUUCCUAGUCCAUUAGAAAAGACACUAACUUAUUUAAAUGCAGAUGAAGAGACGUCUGAUAGUGAAAGUUUAGCAAGCGUGGAGAUGUUAACGGAAGAUCAGAUUUCGUCGCUUAUGAUGGAACCCGACAUGAAUCAAGUAUGCCAGGAGAUUUUAGGAACUCCUUUGGUCGAAGUGUGUCCAUUGUUGCAACAGUUACAGCAACAACAAUAGCAGUUCCAUCGACGGAAAUGGUUCGAUUGAAUUGAAACUAUACAACAAUAGAAAGUGUUCAGAAACCAUGAUAAAGGAACGAACUAGUUAAGGUAUAGCUUUAUUUAUAAUUGAAUUUGCCACGUAAUUAGUUCCUGCACCUUCAUUAAUCGCAACAGAAACAGAGGACUUAAUUUUCUGUCCAGUCUCAUAGGAACAUACUUGAAUCCAUGACAUCGGUGCGAAUCAUAAAAGUCGUACACUUAUGUUUCACUUCAAUUAGAAAUGAUUUGUACAUACUUAUUAACGUUGGUACAAGUUUUUCAUAUUAUAUACAAUUGUUUGAGUUGAAUUAUUGGCGUGCUGUAUACAUAAUACUGUGAAUAUCUUAAAGCCUAAGAAGAAUUUCUGUGCGUAUGUUCACGGAAACAAUUCAGUUCUUACUUGGAACAGUUUAAGUACCAUUCCAUUGAAUUCGUUUCACAAGUUGUAUCCAGCAUACAAUGGGAAUACUCGGUCGAUCAGAGAAGCAAUAUAUAGUGAAUUUUAGAUAGUUGUAUCAUUCGUGAAAAAGAGUGAGCAGUCUUUCGUUUAUGUACAUUCACAAUGUACGGUAUGUAAGAAAGAAUACUAAAUGGAAUUCUUUUUCUCGUCGGUUCAUUAAAAGGGUUUUACUGUUUUAAAAGAUUCGUGUCUGUCUGUGUUGAGAGUACUAUUAUAUAAGCAAUUCGUUUUUUUAUAUUAAAGAGCAACACCAGCUGAAAAUUGUAAUUAUGCAAAUUAUAUACAGAAUGAGGUGGUGGGCUCUUCUUUGAAGCGCUAAGUAGAAUUUGUUUAGAUAAGAUGACAUGAUUCUAAAUAGAAGAUUUGCGGCUUCGAUGAGCAUACUGUUUCACAUACCAAGCUUUAAGAAUUACUGAUUGUAAUAGUGUUCAUCUGCCAAGCUCAGCAAAAACAUUUUGAAUGAAUCUUUCCUCAAAUCUGAUGAGAUAUAAAUAUAUAUAUAUAUAUAUAGAUAAUUUAUUGAAUUAAGUACCUUGUAGAUGUCAAGAUAUAUAAAUAUUUGAAGUAUAAUAUAUUCAAAUGAUCAUAUAUGAAACUAGACAAUUCAACCAAAAGUUAACUGUAAAGUGAAUAUUUAUAAAUGAUCCCAUUAUUUUAACAGAAUGUUCAGGCUAUAAGUUAAGAAUACAUCUUAAACCAUUUUUUCCACUAUAUGAUUCCAUACAGUCAUUUAGUAUUCAUUUUACAUAUUUAUUUGGUUGGAUUGUCUAUUCGCAGUAACAAAGUAGUUUAAAUGAAAGAUGCAUGCAAUAUGCUAUUUACAGAGAGUAAUAUAUACAUAUACAGAUGUAUAUAUGCAUAUGCAGAUAUUUAUUUAUUUUUAUUACAUAAUUUCCUGCAAGCAAUAUUUAUUAAUUUUUUAAACAAGAUAUUAUGUACACAAAAAAAUCUAUACCAAAGAAAAAUGAAGUGCAAUUUAUGAACAAAAAAUUAAUAUGCAUUAACUGUUUAUUUAAUUGAAUAGACUUAGAAAAUUUUACCAAGUGAUCAGUAAAUAUGGGUUCAAAUUAACUUAUAAGUUCAUAAUACAGUUUUUAUAAUAAAGUUAUAAAAUAAUGCCAUAUAUGUAUAUAUAUGUAUGUAUACAUAUAUGAAUUGUACAAAAAA